AUGACUCCUCGAAGAACCUGCAAUACCAACAAUGAAAAUCCUGAAGAACCGCCCAACUUGGCCCAACUUAUGCAACUUCUACACCAGCAAUCUGUUACACUUGCUCAACAACAACAAUUACUUCAACAACAACUCCAGCGACAACAAGCACCUCCCCCAACACCUACUACCUUUAAAUCUUUUCAAGCUGUGAAACCAUCCGAGUUCCGAGGAACUCAAGACCCUGUUGAAGCUCAGUCCUGGCUUAAGGAAAUGGAGAAAGCCUUCACGUUGGCUGUUGUACCCGAAGAGAAAAAGGUUGAAUAUGCGUCGUAUUUUCUGAAAGACGAAGCAAACUACUGGUGGGAAUCAGCCCGUGCUUUGGAAGAAGGUGAGGUUAUUGCUUGGGAUAGAUUCAAGAAGAUUUUCCUAGACAAGUAUUUCCCGAGGUAUAUGCAAACUCAGAUGGAGUUAAAGUUCUUUGAAUUGAAGCAAGAAGAAAUGACUGUGGGAGAAUAUGAGAAGAAAUUUACGGAGUUGGCAAGGUUCGUGGGAGAUUAUGUGGACACGGACGAGAAAAGAGCAAAGAGAUUCCAACAAGGAUUGAAGCCUUGGCUACGGAGAAGAGUGGUUGCUUUUGAAUUAGUCACAUAUGCUGAAGUAGUCCAGAAGGCAAUGGUGAUUGAAGGAGAAAGUGAUCAGAAUCAAAAGGAGAAGGACAACAAGAAGAGGAAGUUUGGGAAUAAAGGUGAAGGCUCGACGCAAGGGAGCCAAAGUGGAACGAACUUUAGGAAGAUGGGAUUUCAGAAUCAAGGAGGUCCCCGAGGUUUCAAGAAAGGCGACAAUAGGAACCCGAAGAGAAUUCAAGGACCAAGUGGUCAAAGGAGUCAACAAACAACUCCGGAAUGUAAGUUUUGCCACCAGAAGCACACAGGAAAUUGUAAUAAGGCUGAUAUCGUCUGUUUCAAGUGCAACUCGAAAGGUCAUUAUGCGAACGAGUGUCAAAACCCGAAGCCUUCUGUUACAUUUUUCAAGUGUGGGAAGACCGGUCUCAUGCAAAGAGAUUGUAAAGCUUCUAGGCCUAAUAAGUUGAUGCAAUUGGCUGCUACCCCUUUUAAUCAAGGAACAACGUCUUCUGUCUCGACUCUGCAACUACCUCAUCCCCCAGUUUAUGAACCCGUAACUCCUGUUUUUCCUCCUACAUAUCCGGCUCAAGCAAGGACAUUUAACAUGAAUAUUGAGGAUGCUGUCCACAGUUCUGAGGUUGUGGCAGGUACGCUUCCUGUCAACAACAUUCCUGCUAAAGUGCUAUUUGAUUCUGGAGCUACUAUAUCUUUCAUAUCUGAAUCUUUUGUUGGCAAGUUAAAUUGUGAAAUUGAACCGUUAGUUGAACCCUUAUCUAUUAUUGUCGCUAAUCAAGAUCAAGUAUCUGUUAGUAGUAAUUACCCCCGGUGUACAAUAGGGAUUUCCGGCUUUAGUUUUCCCGUGUCCCUUAAACCCUUUCGACUAGGAGAAUUUGAUGUUAUACUAGGAAUGGAUUGGUUAACAGAAAAUGGAGCCCAAAUAGAUUUCAAGAAGAAGAAGAUAAUCCUUAAGUCUCCUCAAGGAAAGAGAGUAGAAUUUAAAGGACAAAAUCAAGUUAAGACAUUUCUGACAAUAAUUGAAGCCAAGAAGCUGUUAAGACAAGGAUGUGAAGGUUAUUUAGCUCAUGUAAUUGAUAGGUCCAAGGAAACGCCGAGUAUAGAAAGUAUUCCCGUAGUUAAUGAAUUUCUUGAUGUAUUUCCCAACGAUCUUCCUGGAUUGCCACCGGACCGUCAAAUUGAGUUUUCUAUCGACUUAGCACCCGGCACGGAACCAGUUUCGAAGCAACCGUAUCGAAUGGCACCAACAUAA